AUGACAGUAGUUAAUAAUUUUAUUUAAAUUUAAAGUUAUAAGUGUAUGAAGGUUGUUAUAAAUUAUUAUACUAAUAUUUAAAAGACUUUUACUACCAUAAGGAUGACUUUCUCUAUGGAGAAUGGGAGAUUAUGGGAACAAGUCAGAAUAUUCAGAUUGAAUUCAUAUGUAAUAUUACUAUUUAUAAUUGAUUCUUAGAAGAUAAGACUAAUUAAGGGUAAAAUAAUCAUUUACUUAGAGAUCUUACAAAUUGUGCUUAAAAUCAAUAAACAGAACAUAAUAUAGAAGAUGAAAACCCCAAGAUUAUGUAUUCGAUAAGUAAAACACCCAAACUAAAAAGAAAGUGCUGA